AUGACUGCUUCUCCGGGACACGCAGCUCCGCUGAGACCGAAGCCUGGACCAAAUGGUUCCAACACCUUGUAUCCAACCAUUCUGGCAACAGUCAUACUUUGCAGCAUCUUGACGACAGUCUUUGCUGCUGCCCGUUUGAUCGCAAAGCGACUGACCUCGACCUACGGUCUUGAAGAUUAUAUGUUGAUGAUGGCAUGGGUAGCUAGCGUAGCUUUCGACUUUUGCCUCCUUGCAGCAGGGCUGGCUGGACUUGGCCAUCACGUCUGGUACCUCCAGAAACCCCAGUACGUGAACCUAGCUCAGUAUGCCUGGGCUCUUGAGUUACUAUAUACUCCAGCGAUCUGGCUAGCGAAAGCCUCUCUACUCUUACAACUGAUACGUAUCUUUACACCUAUGAAUGCGGUCAAUAUACUAUCGGAUUUCCUCAAUCUCCUUCUUCCAAUCUGGGCAACGUGGCACUUGCAGAUGGCAACGAAAAGAAAGGCUGGAAUCACUGCAAUUUUUGCCACAGGACUACUCGCCUUCGUUUCAAGCAUCUGCCGGCUUGUCUACAGCACACAUAUCAUCUCCAGCCCCGACGUCUCCUACAUCAUCGCACAGACCGCACUGUGGGGGCUGGCAGAAAUCGCCACCAUCAUCCUCUGCACCUGCUUCCCCAUGAUGCCCCGUUUCGUGAAACUCAUCACCGACCGCUGUUCCAGUCCCAAAUCCUCUUCACCCUCGCGGAUACCAAAUGUCCGGAGACUGAAGAUCGUCAAGGUCGGCAAUGCUCAGACUUCAAUCGGCAUCAGCAGUGGAGCUCCUCAGGAGGAAGAAGAUAUAGCGUGGCUCAAGAGUCCGUAUCAGCAUUUGGGCGAGGAAGGGAAUUAUAGGAGCGAGCGGGAGGACGUUGUGAGGGAUUUGGGAACGAUGAGGACGGUGGAUAUUGAGAUGGCAACGUGGGAUCAACUCAAUGCGAGAAGUAGGGUGGCAUCGAUGGUUUGA